UUAUCCUACAUGCCACCCACCUAGUCCCUAUAAAAAACACUCCACUCCACAUCUUCAACACAUCAAACACUCUUCCCAACAAAAAUUACUUACCUAUCACUUGCAAUCCUCAAAAGCACUAAGCCUUCAACAGCAACUUGCAAUUGCCUAGAGAAAAAUGAAGGAUGUUUUGUUCUCCCUCUUACUUUUCAUGUCUUUUUGCUCCGUAUAUUUAACCACAACAUUAGCCCAAGCACCUGAUACAGCCCCAUCAAAACCAAUUGUCCAAACACUACCCCAGUCACCCUCUUCAGAUACCUCUGAUUCUUCCCCUGAUGACAUCAUCAGAAUAUUAAGGAAGGCCAAAUCGUUCAACGUCCUAAUUCGCCUACUGAAAACCACCCAAUUGAUCAACCAAAUCAACGCUCAGCUCAUAACCAUAAGAUCAGGUGGCUUAACCAUCUUUGCACCAGAUGAUGGUAGCUUUUCACAACUCAAAGCAGGAUUCCUCAACUCUCUGGCCGACAAUCAAAAGAUCGAACUUCUUCAGUUCCACGUUCUUCCCACUUAUGUUUCAAGUUCAAACUUCGAUUCGCUGAGCAACCCCGUGAGAACUCUGGCUGGGGAUAACCCCGGCAGGUUGCAACUAAACGUGACAGCAUAUGGCAACAAUGUGAAUAUCUCAACAGGAGUGGUUAAUGCCACGGUCACAGGAGUUGUAUACUCAGAUAAGGUGCUUGCAAUAUAUCAUGUGGACAAGGUGCUUCUUCCUUUGGAUUUCUUCAAGCCUAAGCCACCAGCUCCUGCUCCCUCUCCUGCAAUGGCACCAAAAGCUGAUAAUGAUAACUCAUCUGCUGAUGCUCGCCUUGGAACAUCCAAAGACAGCGCUGGAGCGUGCAGUUUGGUAAGUGCUCAAGGAACAUCGUUGGUGUCCCUUGGAGUUGCUUUAGUUGCCUUGCUGAUUAUUUCAAGUUGAAGACUGGCCUGACCAGACCAUACAAUCUAUUUGAUGAUUUUGACUUAGUGUUCUUUUUCUGAGCUGCGUAAGAGGAGUGUUGUUUGAGGGACAUGUGAAUAGUGAAGCGUUGAGUUGUUUGCAAGUUGUUCUUUUGAUACAAUUAAGAUUGUUUUUGUGUGAUUUGUAUACAAUCAAGACAACCAAAAUUUUCAAUCUCAAACUACAUGGAGUUAAUACAUAUUA